GCAAGCGUAUAAAUAGUCGAACCGAUGGUAUCUACGUGUUAUUGACAGCGUCUCGGCGCAAGAGUAGGGUGCCGCGCUCCGCACACGGCCUAUUUAAGAGCUUCUCGGAAAAUCAACAGCUCUUUAAGGCGCACAAUACGAAUAGCGAGGUACCUAACAUGGAGCUUGAAAAACAAAGUGGGGGUUAGGCGAAAGGAAUAAAAGGGUAUAGCGGAGAGAGCAGAUAAGCAUUGAGGAUAUACCUAAUUGAAGUGGCAGUGAUGUGCGGUGUUGUUCGCAGUGAGAGUAAACCUGGCGGCGGCGACCGGCUGGCGACGCCGCGGAUGUCGCUGCUGGGCAAGCCGCUCAGCUAUCGCGCCACGCGUCGCGACGCGCGUUACCGCCGCCUACAAUCCAAGUUCUACAAUUUCCUUGAACGGCCGAGGGGUGUUAAGGCCGUCCUGUAUCAUAUGAUUGUGUUCCUCAUGGUGUUCAUGUGCCUGUCGCUGUCCGUGUUCUCCACCAUCGAGGAGUACGAGGCUCGCGCCGGGAUAGUUCUCUUCUACAUGGAAACUGUCGUCGUCAUUUGGUUCGCUAUCGAGUUUGUGUUAAGGUUAUGGUCGUCAGGAUGCCGGUCCCGGUACCAGGGUUCAAUGGGGCGCCUCAAGUUCUUGAGGCGGCCUUUCUGCAUAAUAGAUGUUACGACAAUCCUGGCGUCGCUGGUGGUCCUGGGCAUGGGCUCGUCGGGGCAGGUGUUCGCGGCGUCAGCGCUGCGCGGGCUGCGCUUCUUCCAGAUCCUGCGCAUGGUGCGCAUGGACCGGCGCGGCGGCACCUGGAAGCUGCUCGGCUCCGUCGUCUACGCGCAUCGACAGGAACUAAUCACCACCUUGUACAUAGGAUUCCUGGGCCUUAUUUUUGCAUCAUUUUUGGUUUACUUAGCAGAGAAAGAUGUCGAACAUACAAAAUUUAAAAAUUUCGCCGAAGCUUUAUGGUGGGGAGUUAUCACACUGUGCACUGUGGGGUACGGCGACAUGGUGCCCCAGACCUGGCAAGGAAAGUUCAUUGCUUCAUUCUGCGCGCUACUCGGGAUAUCUUUCUUCGCGCUCCCUGCUGGUAUCUUGGGUUCGGGAUUCGCUUUAAAAGUACAACAGCAACAGAGGCAAAAACAUAUGAUAAGGAGGCGGCAACCGGCAGCGACCCUAAUCCAAGCGCUUUGGCGAUGCUAUGCAGCUGAUGAGCACUCGAUGAGCGUGGCUACCUGGAAAAUACAUCAAAUUCCUCUUCCCAGUCCGCAGACGAGCAGGGUGAUGAGCGCGUCGUUUAAGAACAACGCGUCAUUCGUGUCGCGGCUGCCCACGAUCCGCCGACACAAGAGCACCUCGCUGCACUCCCCCGCGCCGCACUCCAAGCCGGCGCACCGGUAUGACGUCAACGCCAGUGCAGAAAAUCUCGGCGCGACGAACGGACGCGCGGCGCGCGCGCGGCCCGGCAACCCGGCGCACAGCGAGGACUCUGUGGCCGAGACGCAGCUCUCCAAGAAAAACUCCGACGACGAAGACGAGGAGCCCCGCUGCGUGCACCUCACGCCGCGCCACAAGUCGGCCAUUCGAUUCAUAAGAAAGAUGAAGUAUUUUGUGGCACGGCGUAAGUUUAAAGAAGCCCUAAAGCCAUACGACGUAAAGGACGUAAUCGAACAGUAUUCCGCGGGCCACGUGGACCUGCUGGGCCGAGUGAAAAACGUCCAGACUAGGUUAGACCAAAUACUUGGCAAGCAAGGAUCUAAAGCGAAAGACGUCUACGCAUCCAAAAUCAGCCUAGCUUCCAGAGUAGUUAAAAUUGAAAGACAAGUAGAUGAUAUAGAAAGUAAGUUGGAUCAUUUGUUAGAAUUGUAUGAAGAGGACAGAAGGUCCUCGAGAAGACUAGGUGGUUCAGGAACCGGCGGCGGCCGGGGGGAGGGCGGACCGAGCGAGAGUACGCUGGCGCUGCGCACUCGGCCCGCGCUGGCCGACAAGCAGUGCUCGGAGCCCAACUCGCCCGUGUCGCGUACCUUCGAGCCGGCGCCCGCGGCGGCCGCGCCCGUACUGCACAAGCGCCCCAUGAACAGGGGCUAUUCUGAUCUAGGAACUAGAUUCAUGAGGAAAAAAGUUAUAGUCAGGACAUCUUCAAAUCGAAAUGGAGGAUCUCCGCGAGAUGACGAGGUAGUUAUCGUGGUGCCGACGGACCGCGAGGACACCCCGCCACGGCUCGUCACCGACAGCUCGGAAGUAUGCGCGAGCUGCUCAGUAGAGGUAGAGACUGAAGCGGAGGCGGGGGCCUCCGGCAGCUCGGGGUCGGCGUCGUGGUGCGAGGGCGAGGGGGAGGGCGAGGGCGGGGAAGAGCGCGGCUACGGCUCGGGCGACUCGCUGGCGGAGGACGCGGCGUUGCUAGGCGCAGCGCACGCCGCGAACGCGCCGCACGCGCCGCGGAUCGUGCGCACGCAGCGGCGCGACGUCGCUGUCGACCUUCACCUCUUGCGACCCGACGUUUGAACUUCCUCCAAACGAUGCAACGGGCCUCUCUCUUACAAAUACACUCCCGACUAAUAAUCCGUCUAGUUCGCAUCGUUGACAGAAUGUUUGAUGUUCCACAAAUUAUUAUGCCGCUAA